AUGCGCGGCCUGGCGCAGGCUCUCCUGAUCGCCCCGGUCCUGGUGGGAGCUGCUCCCUCCAGGAUUGGCAUGGAAAAGGCAGACCAACAUGACUCGCCCUCGACCUUCAUCACGUUUGACAUCCCUCCAGGCUUCAACGAGGACCAACCCAAGCCCUACACCCUCCACCUCCAGGUCCUCGAGGCCCCCUCCCCCUGUGCCUACCCAAACAUCAAGGUCAACGACAACACGCUCUCCCAGGGCGGUCACACCCUCGGCCGCGGAACCUUCGCCGGCGACCACGACGGCACCACCUUCAUCGCCUCCUGGUCCUCCACCUGCGCCGGCGACGAGCAGCUCCUCCGCUUCACCCUCGAGUCCCUCGCCGGCCGCUCCCUAGCCUCCGACCUCGCCUUCGUCGCCCGCUUUCGCCAGACCGCUCCGGCCGCCAUCAUCGAGGUCGUCGGCGACAUCCGCCUCUCGGACCACCGGCCCCUGCCUCCCCCGUCCAAGGCCCUCCCUGAGUUCGACCACCACGACCCAAGGCCCGGCGACGACGAGGACGGCCUGCUAGAGAACCCGCCCUUCCCGCCCCCACCUCACCACCACGUCGGCGACCACCCGGACAACCACCCCGGCGACCACCGUGAUGGCGACCACCGCCACCGCCCGUCCGGCCGCCCCGCCUCCUCCCCCGAGGAUGACGAGCACGUCCUCGCAGAGCUGCGCGAGCUCGACUGCCUCCGCCACCAGCUGCACGCCCUGAAACACGCCAUCCACGAGAAGGAGUCCCGCCUGGCCCGCGACCACGGCGUCGUCCCGCACCGCGGCGGCCGUCACCGCGCCUUCAAGGAGUGCGACUCGUUGAAGUGCGUCAUCGACACCCUCAUGCACCGCGUCGGCGGCGGCUUCCGUCGCAAGGGCGAGGGCCGUCACGGCGGCCCGGGGCGUGACCACCAUCACGGUCCUCCGGCCUCGUGCCCCGGCUUCCCGUUCCCCGAGCACGGAAACCACACAAACGGGAAUCAUACCCUCCCGCUGCCCCCACCGCCCCCGGGCUUUUGUCACUGCGCGCCUCCUCCCCCUGAAGGCCCCCCCGAAGGUCCCCCCGAAGGCCCCCCUGAGCCGCCCAAGGGUCCUCAUCACGGCCACCAUGAGGGACCUCCUCCCCCGCCGUUCGAUGAGCCUCAUCGCGGACCUCCUGGACACCAUGGCCCGCCUCCGCCUCCGCCUCCGCCUCCUCCCUUUGACGAGCCUCCUCAUGGACCCCCUCAUCACGGUGGCCCUCCCGGUCCUCCCGGCGCCCCUCCCCCAGGACCCCCUCCGGACUUUGAGCAUGAGCACCCUCUCGGCGCCGAAGGCUCGCAGCACCGCCGCCCGCACCCCCACGGCGCCCAUCCUCACCACGGCCCCCCUGGCCCUCCCCCCCACGGCCCUCCCCAUGGCCCCCACGCGCCCCUUCCCAUGAAGAUCGCAGUCGCGUCCUUCCUCCUCGUCGGCAUCCUCGCCCUCCUGCACGCCGCCGUCUCCCGCCGAUCCUCGUCGCGCCGCGAGGCAGCCCGCCGCGAGCGCAAGCACUCCCGCCGCGCUCGUCACCGCCGGGAUCACCGCGAGGCGCGCAACGAGGCCUUCAAGGCGUCGCUGGCCAACCUCUGGUCGCGCAUGUUCGCUGAUCGUCUGGGCCCUGGCGCCGGCUUCGACGAGGAGGAGAAGCGCGCCUUCCUGUCCGGCGGCGCCCACGCCCGCCCGUCCUCUUCCUCGGACGAGGGCGACUUCGAGACUGUCGACAGCAUGACGUCCGAGAUCACCGAGUUCCGCAACGCCGCGACGCUCGUGACGGAGAUGGUCGCAGCCGAGGAGCGGAGGCAGAGGAUGCGCGAGCAGCAGGACCAGGAGCGUCAGCGGCAGCAGCAGCAACGUCUGCACAUGCCCAGGCGAGGCCCCGAGGCCGCGGUGUCUCCCCCCAGCCCGACGGCCGCGUUCGCCGAGUACAUGGGCGACGACGUGCUCCCCGCGUACGACGAGCACGCCCCCGCGGUCAUCGUCUCGGACGGCUUUAGCAGCUACUCGCCAGGCUCGACCGAGUACGUCCCCGGCGCAUCGUCGGACACGACGGCCUCCAACAUUGACAGCGUCCUGGGAGACCCCAAGAACUGA